AUGACGUGCCGGCUCUCAACCCGCCUGAUGAACAUCUGCGUCGCGUCCCUGUGCAGGGCCCGGCGCCUGGGCAUGGCGGAGCUGGUGGUGAUCGACGGGAUUCGGAUGGGAUGCAUCCCCGACGUGGUGACCUACAACACGCUGGUAUCUGCUUACUGCCGUCUCGUCGGCGUCGACGAGGCUUACUUGGUCGUUCACAGGAUGAGGGAGAUGGGACUGAAGCCGGACGUGGUCACCUACAAUUCCCUGAUAACCGGGGCGGCGAGGUGGCGCCGGCUGUCCUGUUCACUCGAUCUCUUCGAGGAGAUGCACCAGGCCGGUCUACAGCCAGAUUCGUGGACCUACAACAAUCUACUGCAUUGCUUGUUCAAGUCCGGCUACCCUGAUCUUGCUUUUAGGGUUCUGACUGCGAUGGAGUCUGCGAAUCUCGCGCCUUCCUCGACGACGUACAAUAUACUGAUCAAUGGCCUCUGCAAAUCCGGGAAUGCGGGCAGUGCUCUGGCGCUGUUCCGGUAUUUGCAAAGGGUGGGAAGCCCUAGAGGUCUUGUGACGUAUAAUACUCUUAUCGACGGGCUCUGCAAAUGUGGCAGGGUGGGUGAAGCUAGAACGCUCUUCAGAGAACUUGCAGGCUCUGGAUUCAUCCCUAAUGCAGUGACCUACACGACGAUGAUGAAGAGCUAUUUCAGGUCUGGCAGAUUUGAGGAGGGAUUGAGCAUGCUGGAUGAGAUUCGGAGGGAGGGCUCUCGAUUUGAUGCUUUCGCCUACUGUACAGUUAUCAGUGCACUGAUCAAGAUGGGCAAGAUGGAAGAAGCUUCCGAUUUCUUGGAGGAGAUGCAUGGACAAUGCGGCACACUGGACACAGUCUGCUACAACACUCACAUCAAUCUGUGCUUCAAGCAGGGAAAGGUAGAUGAUGCACUUGAUUUGCUGAACAAGGUGGAUGAGAUCGAUGACUACACAGUUUCUAUCUUGGUCGAUGGGCUGUGCAAGAAUAAUCGGCUCCCCGAUGCCUACCAUCUCCUGAAAUACAUGGCGACAAUGGGCUCUCAGUCUAACCUGGUGCCCUAUAAUUGCUUCAUCCAAGCUCUCUGCAAGCAGGGCAAGGUGGAGUCUGUAGAUUUUGCAAUGACCCUGUUCAAUAAGUUGGAGAUAAAGGAUUCUUUCACCUACACAUCAUUGCUGCGCGGCCUUUCCAAAAUGGGAAGGUUUCUUGAAGCAUUCACAGUAAUGGUGUCUGCCCUGAGGCAGGGUGUUUGUCUACCCCGCUCUGUCCGACGGGUAGUUCUUGCAGGGCUCCGUUCUUUGAGAUAUAAAGUGCACGCAAGGAAGCUCAGAUCGGAGAUUGUGAAGGCCAAAUUUCGUUUGCCUGACUGA